AUAUUAGCAUCAAAAACAAGCAUCGUUUUGUGGUAUAACAUGUUCUACCUCCUUGGCUUGGGCCUUGAAGGUUCAUUGGAAUGUAAAUAAAUUCUGUUCUAAAUAAUGAGAAUAUUAAAAUUUAAUUGCCAUUAUUAAUCUGGUAGUUCGUUCCACAGAAGUAUGUGUUAUAUUGUCGGACAUGCUCUCUCCCCGUUCUGGUGAAUAGAAAAGAAAGCAACUCUGAAGUGCCACUUGUAUGGGAUAAAAAAUUGUAGUGUUUGUAUUAUGUCACCAUUCGUGCACCAAAACUGCAGUUUAGUCUGUCUACUAAAGAGCCGAAUGUAUUCAAGUCACUGCCUUGAAAUUUCUUGUGGUAGCCUUACAAAUAUGGUAACGAACUUUUUGGAUCCAUGAAAGCAAACAAAUCGGGCAGGGCAGUGCAUGUUACAAAAUAUGCGAUAUGUCUCUGCAACCCACAACAUCAGUCACAAAAACAGCACAUUCAGCUCCAUGAAAUGGUUCCUUCUGCUCGUCCCCACGACAACAUUUGGUUUGGGAACAUGGCAAGUCUACAGACGCAAGUGGAAACGACAGCUGAUCGCAGACUUGAAGGCAAGGACCAGUGCUGCUCCAUACAACCAUCCACUUGAUGUGGAGGAGCUAUCACGGAUGGAGUAUCAUCCGGUGUGCGUGCGGGGUCACUUCGACCACUCAAGGGAGCUGUACAUUGGCCCUCGCACCUUGUUGGUUGAUGGUGAUGCAGGUAUCACCACCCACAAGAGAGGAGUGCAGUCUGGGUACCAUGUUGUGACUCCAUUUCAUCUCUCUGAUCAAGAUAUGACGAUUCUUGUGAAUCGAGGGUGGGUGCCAGCAAACCAAAAAAACCCCAACACACGAAGGGCUGGUCAGGUCGAAGGAGAAGUGGAGAUCGUUGGGAUUGUACGACUUGGUGAGAAGAGAGCUCCCUUCACACCUGAAAAUCAGCCUCACACUUGGUUCUACAGAGAUGUGCCAAGGAUGGCCAAAAUGGCUGGAACAGAAGCUGUGUUCUUAGACGCAAAGGCAGAGACAACAGUUCCAGACGGACCUAUUGGGGGGCAGACCCGAGUGACACUACGAGAUGAGCACUUAUCAUACUCACUGACAUGGUAUGGGCUCAGUGCUGCCACAGGAUUCAUGUGGUACAGACUCUUCAUUGCAAGGAGACCACUGCUGUAAACGAAGAUGCAGACUCGCAAGCAAGGAAAUUUGAGGUGACACGUCAUACACAAAUCAUGCUUACAUGUGUAACAUUUUGAAGAAAUAAAUAAUUAUAUUAUGGCACAUGAAAAUAACAAUUUCCAAUCUCAGAGGACCAGAGGCAUCAUUUCUUAAAGCAGCUCUGUGCUAUACUGUGAAUACAAAUAGAAAGAAGAUUGCCAUGA